AUGGCAAAAGUACAUAGAGCAGAUGAAAAUAUCCGUUUACCGGGAGAUGUCUUGUUGAAUACGUCACUGCUUUUGGACACUCUUCUGUCAGAGGAAAAGUACGACAGGAAACUUCGCCCAGAAUUUGGGGGUCCUGCGGUUGAAAUACUAACUGAUAUUGAAAUUAGAAGCUUUGGAUCUAUAUCAGAGACUGACAUGGUGUAUUCGAUGGACUGUUAUUUCCGGCAAACAUGGUGGGAUAAACGGUUAAAGUUUCAGAGUGAAGAUCUUGAUAUCCUCUCUAUGGAUUGGAAGUUUCUACAAAGAGUUUGGAUUCCUGACACAUACUUUUUAAACGGACAGAAAUCCUAUUUGCACAACGUCACAGUUCCUAACAAGUUUAUCCGAGUGCGUCGAGAUGGUCAACUUAAAUAUUCUAUGAGAUUAACCAUCAAAGCCAGAUGUCCGAUGCAUUUAAGGAAAUAUCCACUAGACACUCAAGCCUGUCCCUUGGAGAUUGGAAGUUUUGCGUACACUGCUCGAGACGUGAUCUACAAAUGGAAGGGAGUUGAUCCUGUGAUCAUAUCUAAGGGAGUGACGCUGUCUCAGUAUGACUUUGCAAAAAUCAUCACAACUGAUAUAACCACAAAACGAAAAAGUUCUAAAUUAAUAGCUCGAUUUAUUUUCACUCGCCGGCGAGGAUAUUUUAUUCUCCAGAUCUAUGCACCCUGCGCCAUGAUUGUUGGAGCUUCGUGGGUAUCUUUCUGGAUCAACCGGCAUGAUACUCCUGGACGAGUGGCCGUAGGUGCUACGACGGUGCUCACACUGGUUACAAUGGGAUUUGGUGGAAGAACUUCUUUACCUAAGGUACCCUACCCGACAGCUUUAGACUGGUUUGUAAUCACCUGUUUCGCUUUUGUGUUUGCUGCCAUGGUUGAGUAUGCAUGUGUGCAGUUAAUGGGGCGGUAUGAUGAAGAGAGACUACAGGCUCGUUUUCAUAACAAGCAGAAAAACAAGAACCACUCUGACGAUGACAGCAGGCUUGAAGAAUUAAGCACUAAAGUUUCAACAAGGAAAAUCAGAAAACUAAGGACAUGCCCAGAAACUAAGACUCGAAGAAACAGGUGUUUUGUAAAUAGACUGGGGCAUUGUUUUAAGAGCAAAAGAAACAAUCAUUCUGAAACACACGAGGUUGACGAAAUGUUACCUUCUAGAGCUGAUCAGAUUGAUACCUACUCUAGAGUUUUUUUUCCUCUUACGUUUACUCUGCUCAAUCUUCUGUACUGGGUUUUGUAUCUCUAUACAAUUGGUGACGAAAUACCGGAUGACCUGGCUUAG